GAAGCAUUCGCACCUCUAUAUAUAGCUCUCUCAUUCUGAUUAGCUCCUCACCUCACUCACAAGUGCUACUCCUCACUGAUAUAUUUCACCUCUUUCGUUUUUCUGUUCAAGUUAUUUUAUACUCCCCAUUGUAUCCCAAAUGGCCACUGUUGAGGUAGCAUCGGCUCCAACAACAUUGCCAGAGAAUGAGACUACUGAGGUGAUCACGACAAAGGAGACAACCCCAGCAGAGCCAGUGGCCGCUCCCGCUGCCCCAGAGCCAGUUACGGAGAAACCAAAAGAAGCAACACCUGAAGCCCCAGCGGCAGAGCAACCAGCGGCUCCAGAACCCGAAGCUGUACUUGAAGUUGAGACCAAGGAGGUGACAAAGGAAGCCAAGGCUGACGCAGAGGAGCCGGCAGCAGAGAAGAAAGAGGAAGAGACCCAAGAAGUGGCAGCAGAGCCUGCUGCUGUGGAGGAGACCAAAGUAGAUACUACUGAAGCCACUGAGGCACCAGCAGAAGCCCCGGCUGAGGUAGAGAAAUCAGUUGAGGAAGAGAAGCCAGCUGAAGCAGCAAAGGAAGCUACCACUGAAAUUCCAGCUGAGAAGACUGAGGAAUAGAUCGAUGAAAGGAAGUGAUAUAGGAGAGUCUUAGUCUUGGGUCUUCUUCUUAGGUUGCAUUUCAAAGUUGGCAUGCUGUUUAGUUUCAUGUGUUUUUAAUACAAUUAUGGUUAUGGUUGAGGUUAAGGGUUUGGGAUGGUUUGAAAUUCCCAAGCUGCACAAUGUAAGCACUUGGAUCCGCAUCAGCAUUCUUCCCAAGUGCCUAAUAUUUGAAACGGUACAUAGAUGGGAGAAACUCUUGAGUGCUCUAUGUAUGUAUAGGAGCUGAAGUGUGUGCUACGUGGGUGGUGUGGAUGUUGGUUCCAAGAGGGUCAGGUGAGUUUAAUAUUGUGUGAUGAGAUGUGAUCUUUUCUAGGCUUGAAUAAUGAUAUUACUGUUUUUUUUUUUUUUUUA